UAGUGCUGAAAUCUUCCUGACGGUGAAAUGGAUGCUGGAAAGGCGAUGUUGGAUGAGCCACUUAAAAUCAUUCUGCAUAAUGACCACUGUCCAGAGGUGUGCGCUGUGGUCGUAAAUCGGGUGUUUGGCCGAAAUGAAAGACUGAGACAAGAAUUGUUGGAGCAGCUGGACCAGAUUGUGGCUGCUAGUGAGAGUAUCACCCAACUGAAAAUACUUGAGAUUGGACUCAAGAAACAGAUCCAAGAUUUGGAAGAGGAUAAGAAAGCAUUGGAAGAGGAUAAGAAAGCAUUGGAAGAAAAACUGGAGUCUGUGAACAUGGGAAAUGAAGAAAAAUAUCUGGCAAAGCUCAAGGAGAAAGGCCUGGAACACCAAUCUGUGAUUUCUGAGUUGGAGGUGAGGAUUUCAACUCUUGAAAAGGAAAAGGCCAAUCUCAUGAUCGAGGCUAAGAAUUUGAAAAAUGGUUUUGAUGGCUUGAAGCAUCAGUGUGAGCAGCUGAGUGAGAAAAAUUCACAGUUGGAGAUAUUGUCGGCUAAGCAGGACAAUGAGGCAGACUUUGAUGAAAGAUAUGAACAAUUGGGCAUUGACUUACACCAACAACAGAAACUGGAUGAGAUUCAGGAGAAGAUGAAGCUGCUGGGAGUUUGGGAGCAGCAGAUGGAGCUGCAAGAGAAGGAGAUGCAACGGCUGCGAGAGACAAACCGAGCCUUGAGAUAUGACCUAAAACGCCCCAACCACAAACCAGAGAUCAACAAGCUGAAGAUUGAACUCAGUGACUGCAAGGCUCGUGAGGAAGAUUUGCGCAGUCAGCUCUACAGGACCAACAAGGAGCUGAGCGAACUCCGCAAAAAUGCACACUCCCACAAUUUGGCUCUGAUCAGGAGGAAUACUCUCCAAAACUAAACUGAUACUGCAUUUUACUGUCAAGAAACGUUUUUAAUUCGCAUUUGUUUGCAUGGUGUUAUAAAUUUAAUGGAAAGAAUCGAAGAUAUUGUUAACAGAUGAAAAUAGAUUUUACUAUCAAUAUAAGUUCAAACCUUUUUAUUUAUGAUGUAGUCUUCUGAAGUACAAAAUGUAAU